UUUUUUUCCUUUCUUCGUUCUGCCUAUUGUCACCCGCCUCAACCCCCCUUUUUGAUUUUCUCUCUCUCUUUUUUUCUUUUCUCUACCUACGAAUUAUUUUUUUUUUCUAUUACUUUCAUUUCGGCAAUCAAUUAUUGGCCAACAACGUUUUUUUUUUAUAUUUUGCAUCAAAAUGUCGACGACUUUUCGAUGGCUUUCGUGUUCCAAAGAAGACUUCCCUCAUCGUCGGCAUAAAGUCCCUCAAGCAUGCGACAAAUGUAGAGCCAGGAAAAUGCGUUGUGAUGGAAAAUUACCUUGUGAUCGUUGUGAAAUGAAUAAAGUGACAUGUACUUAUUCCAGCAAAAAGUCAAACAACUUUUCAAGAAAACGUGGCGAUAUUCAUGACAAAACUAAAGGUUCUUUACUACAUGGUGUUUCAGAUGAAGGACAGUUGGAUAGUACAACAGCUACGGAAUCUUAUUCAAAACGGCAAGAACAGAGGAAAAGGAAACGAUUUGAUUACCGACAGUUAAAACAGAUGACCUUCAAUAACGAUUAUUAUAAUUCUUUACGUCAAACAACAACAUCUUUUUCCUUUUACAAAAAUUUACCUCCUUUACUAUUUGAUUUUUUCAAUCUCACUUGUCAACCUUAUGCGAUAUGGUCUCGAUUCAUUCAUCUCUUCCGACAAUUCAAUAUCAGCCUUCGUCAUCAUUCGUCUUCUAACUGGUCAACCACGUCAACUGCUAUAUCCAUCGAACUUAUUCAGGAAAUCAUGUCAUUAUUUGGAUUGCACAACUAUUUAUAUACUGCUUUUAUGGAUAUGACCCAGGUCAACUCUUUUUUGAGUACCUCACCCAAUAUAUUUGAUAUACAACAUCAAUCUACUUUUCAUCCUGAUUCUCAAUUGGUUGUAAUCUAUAGUAUUUUGGCAUUGGUCUUUCAAUCCGCUGCUCAAUCUUUGUCUCAUGGAUAUACUGAUUUGGCUCCUUUGUUGCAGAAACAAGCUAACCUAUUUUAUCAUCAUGCUCAUCAUCUUCUACUUACCAUGACGUAUCCUACUGGAACAGCCGCCUCUGAUACUUUGGGUUCUACUGAUUUACUCAACUUGACUCGCGCUUCUGUCUUCUUGACUCAUUAUCAAUGUGUUGCUAUCAGUGAAGAACAGGCCUAUAUGACUUUACAAAUAGGUUUAGGUUAUGCUCAAAGAUUGGGUCUCUGUGAACGAAUUUACAAAGAAACGGGAAAUGAUAUCAAACAAAUGGAUCAUUCAAACGUUUUACGAAAGGUACUUAUUGGAUGGCAGUUAUGGUUUACAAUAUAUCUUCACCGAAGUCAUCCCUCUACCCUCUUUGACAGUCAUGAAACAUCUUCCAUCACUUACAAAUCUGAAGUUCGAAUGGAAAACUAUCUCGGGAAAAAAGGUGACCAGCGUUGGGCUGUUGACGUUUUAGAUGUUUAUAUUCAUUUAUUUACCAAAAUCACCAAUACCACUGAACAACCAUGGACUCUAUUAGAAAUCAAGCACCAUUUGAAACAAAUGGAAUCAUGGUCAUCCACAUUUUAUUGUACUAGGUUGAAUUUGACUGAUCUUCAUACAACCUCAAUCACUACGACCACCACCAACAACAACAAUACAACACCUCGUGUACGCGCAAGUCAGCAUUUAUCAGCUUAUGUAUUAUCACUAUAUCAUCAUAUUUUGACUAUUCAACUACUUCAAAAUCAGCUAUCAUUUCCACCAGUAAAAGCAUCACCUACUACGUCUUCAGUAUCAAGUACACAACGAUCAGCAUCAAUCCCACAUCCAUCUUCUAGAAUUGAAGAUCAAUACCAAAAAUCAGCUUGCAUACCAACUGAUGACAACAGGAAAGGCAUGAUGCAAAAUUCAGGUUCAGAUCUAGAUGACUCUAAAUACACUCCCCUUACUGUCAAACAGGAAAAUGUUGAAACACCACAAGGCGAAUUUUUGGAUGAUGAUCUGAUAGUUCUAGAUGUUUGUUCCCUUGCUUCACUUGGAAUUAUUGAUACUAUCUAUGACAUGGUAUCAGAAAAACCUCUUAUGGAUCCUCAACAUAUAGUAGUCUCAAAUAUACAACAAUUCGUUCAUCCUGUGGUGGUAUAUCCUCUUUGCGUGGCAACAGCUUUACUUUCAACUUGGACUUCUUCCAAUCUUGCAAGUUGUGAUAUUACACAGCAACAACUACUUCAUCAAAGUCACUUAUUAGAAAAGCAGCAUUCUCGCUUGACCGUAUUACUUGGCAUUGUUUCUUCAAGUUUCAAUUUUAUGGAUAAUUUGUUACGUGCUGUGCAAGGUAUGGGCUCUACUUUCUCAUCUACUAUUGCCCAAGAAAUGACUAUCAUGAAUCAUGAACAACAGAAAACUCAUUUAUCGAACAACAACAACAACAACAACAACAACAACAACAACAACAACAACAACAACAACAGAAUCACUCCAAUACCAGCACCACCACAAACAACAACAUCAUUGAAUUUACAAUCAGUUUCACCACCUUCUCCAUCAACAUCAUCCUCAUCUCUAUCAUCAUCAUCCACUUCUCUAUCAUCUACUUCAGCAUCAUUAUCAUUUUCAACGACAACUACUUUGGGAUCAGCAAUGAAUAAGUAUCUGGAGCCUACAUCAAAAUCAAGUGUGAAUCAAGAACGACAAAUGGCCAUCCCAAUUAUGGAUCCAUCAUCAAGAGCUGUCAUUGAUCAGCAACAACUGGAUAAGCUCUCAUCCAACAAAAGAAUGACAUCCACUUUCUCACCGUCAUUUACAGCAAAAAAUCCAGACCCUAAACGGAAAUUGGGAACAUCAGUGAUAUCUCAACCAUUGGAAAAAAAUCAACAACAAUCUCGAACAAAAAAACAAAAGACAGAAGUAGAUUGUGAAAUACAUGAUAAUUACUCUUCCAAAAACAAUACACAACAACAGUUACAACACCAUCAACAACAACAGCAACAACAACAGGAGCAACAACAUAUACAACAACAGGUGUAUCCCCAACAACAAUAUCAGCAACAACAAUUCCAUCCUCAACCAAAUUAUUCCCACCAGCAAGAUGCAUUCUCCUCAUCCAAUGUGAUUACAACCCGUUAUUUAGAUCAAUUGAAUGGACUUUCAGAACAAUCACAAUUGCAAAAUAUCUAUUCACCUGACUGCCUUGCAGAUGAUAAUUUAUGGAUGGCUAUUGUUGGUAACGGUUCUUUAACAACACCUACUUUAUCAACACAUUCUAGUAACGAAUCUGGAACACGAUCACGGCGAAAAUUACCAACUGAAGGAUCCAAUGAAAACAACAAUUCCUUGACACCAAAACUACCUUUACCUCUACCAAAACACAAAAAUACAUCUAUCGCCAAAACAUGGUCAGCUGCUGGUGCUUAUAUUAAUGUGGAUUGGAACGUCUGCUUCAACGCUGAAAUGAUUCAAACUUUACAUCAAAAUAGUUCACAACAACCUGUUAGUGUGGAUGCUGCCGCUGCCGCUGCUGUUUCAUUAGGACCUGUGGAUCCAGCCAUUCAAAUGAAUAUAUCUUCAACCGCACCGACCACUCAAGACAAUGUAUUAUAUCUUCUCUCUUCCAAUGUUCAUCAACCGCAUCAUCAUCAACAACAACAACGACAGCAAUCACAAGAAGAACAACAACAACAACAGCAAGAGAAUCAUCAUCAUCAUCAUCAUCAUCAUCAUUCUUCUAAUGGUACGACAUUCUUUCCUACUUCAUCCUCUUGGAGUAGUGUUACCUCUGAGUUCUUUUAAGCCUUCUAUCAUUAUUGUUAGUUUUGUUUACCUUUUUUCUUAGCUUAGUUUAGUAUAGUUUAGUAUAUAUAUAUAUAUAUUUGUUUAUUCC